GUGCUGGUUUUGGCGCUCGCAACCGGCAAGCCGUGUUCGGUACCUUCGCGGCUUUCCAGGAGAUGAUCCUUAGUGAGGUGACAAUGGCGCGCCUCAACCACUGCAAUGUCCUGUGCCACUUCAGCCACAGCGGCGUGGAUGACAUGUCCGAUAACACCUGCCAUUUUGGCCUGAACAACUUCUUCGCGGACAAUGGCCUCCAAAGUGAGACCUGUCCUGACACGCAUCUUUUCUUCCCUGCCGAUGUCCAUCAAACUUCGAAGUUGGUGGAGACGGUCUUCUGGAAGCAAGGUUUGCGCUUCAUCUACACCACCCGGUCGAAGGUGCCAGAGUUACUGGAUGAGCAAGGCAAUGCCUUCUAUGCAGACCGUGAAGCUCUUCAGCUCGGGACGGAUGAUCUGAUCUGUGGCGACGAAUCUUGUGAUGGCUACAUUGUUUCCUAUGGCGAUGGCUUGUAUCGGUCGAUGGAUGCAGUGCGAAGGCUCCGGCAGCUGGGAGUCAACAUCGGCUUGGUAAACAAGUGGCACGCCAACGCGGUAGACGAGCGGAUGAUGAACAUCAUCGGCCGCUCCAAGUUUGUCCUCGUUGUGGAGUCCCAAAGCAUCCGCACCGGGCUUGGCCUGCGCUUGGGAACUUGGCUGCUGGAACGCAAUCUGACGCCCCGCUUCGGGCGCUGCGGUACGCACCGUGAUGGUUGCUGUGGCACGUGGGAGCAUGCUUACCACCAAGGCUUCGACACAGCUUCCAUCACCCAGAAGGUUCUCGACCUGGGCAAAAUUCACCCAGAGCUGGCAGGCAAAGUUGAGAAAGACAUCAGGGCUCCGUUGUAUGAGAAUCACAAACAGCGGGCGGUGGCACGCCCGCUUAUUUCAAUCCCCCCGGCCUCGGGUCAAUGCUGA